AUGGACCUCCGCUACGACUUUGAGUCUACCUCUGACUACGCCGGCUCGUUUUCGGCCUCAGAGUUUACCUCGGUCAAGACGAACCGUUUGCUCAAUCUUUACGAGCAUGGCCGGUAUGCCUGCCCCUCCGCCAACAGCGGCUCUACUAACCUGGCCAGUCGCUACCAAGCCGUCGUCGCCGAUCGUUACGGGCUCCCCAAUGAUGAAGCCGAGCAGCUUCGCGAGGGCAUCAAGCACAGGCUCUACCUCGAUCACAUCCUCAAAGGUCAUCACUUCUUCGCCCCCAUCGGUGAUGGCCCCCAAAAGAUUGUCGAUCUUGGGACUGGGACCGGCAUAUGGGCUAUGGAAGUCGCUGAAAAAUUUCCCAGUGCCCGAGUCAUUGGAACUGACAUUUCCGCCAUUCAACCGAGUUGGACGCCCCCAAAUCUUGAGUACCGUGUCGAAGAUCUCGAGGACGACUACCGUCCGUGGACGAGCAUCUACAACGAUGCCGAUCUCGUACACUGUCGGUUUUUCAUGCAAGUGAUUCGCGACCCUAAGCGCAUGGUGGACACAAUAUUCGACCGUCUGAGACCCGGCGGUUGGAUCGAAUGCCACGACAUUGUGGCGGAAGUCUACUCCAAAGACGCAUCUGUUGGCAAGGACCACCCCAUAAACCAGCUAUACCAUCUCAUAGACGGCCCAUUCACCGAGGUAUACAAGUGGAAUCUGCACAUCGUACUGGAGCUGCCCAGCUUACUUCGCGAGGCUGGCUUUGUCAACGUGUCAACCCGCCGGAACAAGAUUCCCAUAGGCCGCUGGCCAAGCGAGCACAGCGAGCGGGAGAUGGGCCUUUUUCAGCAGACUAUUAUCCUAGACUUUGCACUGGCUGUCUUGGCCAGGCAUGACAUCCUCGGAUUAGACCAAGACGAGGCGGCCGAGCUGGGCCAGCAAGUGGUCGACUGCGUACAUGACCCCGGCAUGCACGCUUACAUGGACUGGGCCGACGUGUGGGCACAAAAACCCGUAACCUGA